GCUCUGACGUCGACUUCGCUGCCUGGGUGCCAUCGACUGCUUCCGGCUCGACUGGCUGUGCCUUGUGACCGGUGCAUGGCUGCGCUGUGGAGCUCGGCAGUGUUUCAAAGCUAAGGGUAAAACUUCAUGGGUCGACAUUCAUCUGACAGCGAGGAUGGCAGCCGGAGCAGGAGGAAGAAAAAACAGCGUCGGCGGUCCUCCUCCUCCUCUUCAUCCUCCUCCUCCUCCAGCAGCAGGGUGACCAGCAGCCGCAGCAGGAGGUCCAGCCGCAGGAGCCGCUCUCGAUCCAGGGACAGAGACAGAGACAGAGACAGGGACAGGAGGCGAAGAAGACGCUCCAGCAGCAGUUCGUCCCACAGUUCGUCUCGCAGGAGGAGGAGUCGCAGCACAGACAGAGACAAAGGGAGGAGCCACCGCUCGCACAGGUCACGCAGCCGAGACCGGAGGUCUUAUUCUCGCCACCGGCGGUCUCGCAGCAGGACUCGCAGUCACAGUCGCCGGAGGAGCUGCAGCAGAGAGCGAGACCGGAGCCGGCGUAAGGCCCGCGACCGGGACAGAGAGAGGGAGAGAGACAGGCGAGACCGAGACAAAAACAGAGACAAGGACAAGAGUAAGGACAAGGCAGACAAAAAAGGGGACACCGCGAACAUCAAAGGCAGAUUAGAACAUCUGACUCCAGCAGAACAGGCCAAGGCUCGAAUGCAAAUGGUCCUGCAGGCUGCAGCUAAGACGGACGAGGUGCUGAAGGCCAAGGUAGCCAAGAGAGAGGAGGAGGCCCAGAAGAAGCUGGAGGAAGAGGGGACUUCUCUGGAGGAGCAAGUGAGAAGGAUAAAGGACAUUGAGGCCAUCGAAAGUGAUUCCUUUGUUCCUCAGGCUUUCAAAUCAUCCAGGGUCGAUAUAAAGACUGAGCCAGCAGAAGUGAAGCAGGAAUCGGAGACACCAGAUUACCAGGAAGUUACCACUCUUCCCACGUCCAUACGCUACAAUGACAGUGACACUCUCGCCCACCCCAGUUUGUUCAUGGACAAGGAGAAGGCUGAGGAGCUGUGGCUCAGUCGACUGAUCUCCCUGCGACAGGAGAGGCUCAUGGGAAGUCCAGUAACCUGAGGGACAAAAGAUCCUCUCCAGUCCGGACGUGGUUUGGAUCCGGAUCUACAUCUCAUUCAUUCUGUCUAGUUUUGGUUUUAUCUAGUCUUAAUCUCAGUGAUAUCAUACUGAUGUUCUUCCUCAGAUUCCACAACGUGUGUGUGUCUUUACCUUUUGUAAAGUCAAUUAACACCCUUUUUGUUUUUUUGUCCCCUGUGAGAAGUUUCACAAAGUGAUUGUACAUAUCCCCAAGGUGCUUUUUUAAUUUAAUCCAUGUUUGGGGAUUAAACAACCUGUAUCACAAUUGUUUCUUUUGUUUGUUUGAUUUUUAAUGAAGUUCUCUCAUAGUUAGGCAAGUUAAAUUGUUUGACCAUUUUGCCUAUAUCAGCUAGCAUUUGUCACACUGUCUAAUUUUGGAAUAAACUUUGAAAAUAAACCAAGUCGUGAUUUUGUGA